AUGGUGUUUGUCGAUCGGACGCUGUACUGUCACAGACCACCACCACCACCACCACCACCAUGGCGGCCGAGAAGCGAUUGUCUGAAUCCGGCGGCGAAAUUCUUCAAAGCCUCUGGUGGUGUUGCUCCGACUCUUCAUGGAAUCAAAUCUUUGUCAUCGGUGAGAUCAAUGUCAUCAUCGCUUGUAUCCUCCAACCACCUAAACAAAGAUUUCUGUAACAGUAAUGGCAAUUGCACGCUGAUGACCAUCCAAGGCUACCAGAGUCCAGGUGAUUCCUACAACCACCUUGUAAAGAAAGAUAGUCUAAAAUGCUUGGUGAUGCACACUGCACUUAGAGCACUUGGUUCAGAUAAAUAUUUAAUUGACAGUGGUUGUUGGCAUUUUGAUAGUGGCAGCUCUAACCAUGUGACAAAUGAUAGAGCAUUGUUUACAACCUUUGAGGAAGAUUCUGAUGAUAGGUGUGUUAGUUUUGGUGAUGGCGGUAAAGGUAGAAUACAUGGUAAAGGUGAAAUCAAAUUUCCAGGUGUUGGAGAGUUGAAAAAUGUUCUAUAUGUUGAGGGUUCAGAUGGAAAUUUAUUGAGUAUUAGUCAAUUAUGUGAUGAUGAUUUUGAAGUGACUUUUACACAACAGGGUUGUCUUGUAACCAACAAAGAGGGUGAGUGUGUUCUGAAGGGAAUUAGAACUUCUGGUGAUAUUUAUGUAAUACAGCCAGAUCCACUGUUUUUGAUGGUACCUGCUGGCUUCUUGGUUGCUGAGGGUGAAGAAGAAGUGUCCUUUGUCAAGCUUACUACUACUACAAUGGAGGAGGAAGAGGACGAGGACACUGACAAUAGUACUAUUAAUGAUGAUUACUAUGACUUGUUGAGCUUUGAAGGGAAGAAAUUAGUAUUGAAGAAGAAGAUCAAGAAGAGUGAUCUUUGUCAUCCAUCUAAAGAAGGGGACCUCCUCUCAUCAGACAAUGCCAUCUGCUUUGGUUCCUCUCGCGGUUGGUUGGCCUUUAUUCACCUUCACUACUGUAUCAUCUAUCUCUACAACCCAUCAAUCAUCAACCACUCUAUCCCUUGCAUCUCCCUCCCUCCCAUCGAUACCCUCCCUUCUUUUAUACCAUCUUCACGCCCAGGUCGCAAAAAAUCAUCCUCCUCAUCCUUUAAUAAUAAUAAUAGUACUACGGAACACCUGAUUCCACAGAAGAUUCCAGCCGUAUCAUCUGAAACUCUGCAUGAAGAUUUCUUUAAAAAGAUUGUUUCUUGCUCACUCCUUCCAUAUUCGAAGAGCAACAGCAAUCACAAUUGCACGGUGGUGACCAUCCAAGGAUACCAGAGUUACCAACUUGCUUUCUGCAGGAUUGGGGACUCUUCAUGGACUGCCUUAGAAGGAACACUUGAUCCCUAUAAGGACCUUGUAUUCUUUAGCGAGCACCAACUUUUUUAUGCUUUGGGCAGUUGUGGUUUAGAAGCUUGGGAUCUUUGCAAUCCUGCCUCUCCAAAGAGUACUUUCAUAACUGAAUCCAUGCCUCCCACAAUGAGUUUUGUCAAUGAGGGGGUGGAAUGUUGUUGUACCAGAAGUUAUCUAGUGGAGUCUUCAGGGGAUCUGUUAAUGGUUAAUAGGUACUAUUCUCGGGCUAUUUGUAGCAAGACCAUUGCAUUUGAUGUGUAUAGGCUUGACUUUGUUGGGAAAGAUUGGGAAUAUGUGCCAAGCUUAGGCGAUCGUGUAUUGGUUAUUGGUGCCAAUCACGCGGAGUCUCUCUCGGCCCAUGAUUUCCCUGGGUUGUUCCCCAAUUCCAUUUACUUCACUGCCUACAACACUUCUAUAUCUAAUGAUUUGGGUUUCUUCAACUUGGAAGAUAAAAGCAUCUAUCGGCGCCACUUGGGGAAGAAGAAGGUCCAACCGUCUCCUACUUGGAUUGUGCCUCAGCUGUGACUGUAAGUGAGGAAAUUAAAGGUUGAUAUCAUCCUUCCAUUUUGUUAAACACGGGUUACUAAUUAUCCCAAUUAAGCUCUAUACUACUCGAUAUCCCAAAUCUGUACUAAUCUAGACUUGUUCUUCACACUGUUUUCCUUUUUGGUUCCCCUCAAUCUUUUCUUCUCAUGUGUUAUUAUUGAUAGGAUAUUCAGCGCUAGGUGGAUCGCUAAUGUGUCAUUGAUUGCCUCUACAAGUGUACAUGGUUGUUUGGUUUUUA